AUGCCAGUUACCAAAAAUAUUUUAAUUGGAGUGACUGGUUCUGUUUCUGCUAUAAAAAUUCCCGAAAUUGUUCAAAAAUUCCACAAUUUAGCCAAUUCAAAUAACAAUACUGUAAAUAUUAAGAUUGUGAGAACGUUAGCUUCAAAGGAAUACUUUUUUGAUUCCGAAUCCUGCGACCUCUUUGAAGUUUUUGACGACACUGAGAGAGUAAAGUAUACAAAGUCCGAUCCUAUAUUACACAUUGAGACAGACAUUGCAAGGGCAUGGGACAUGAGUAAACCUCUCUGGGUUUACCCAUCUAUGAACACGUGUAUGUACGAACACAAAUUGACUGAAGAGCAAUUGAAUAAGCUAAAAUCAUUUGGAAUAAAGGUAAUACCGCCAAUAACCAAGAAACUGGCUUGCGGAGACUAUGGCAUGGGAGCAUUACCCGAGCCUGACCAAAUAGUGGAAUCUGUAUACAAUUAUAUGUACCGUUGA